AAACGCAACUUUAAAAGAAAAGAGCUCUUAAAGGGAAACGACUUUGAGCUCACGUAGGCAUAGCAGAAUGAAACUUCUGUACAUUUUAAUCUGAAUAAUUCUUCAGGGUUUAAAAUUAAUUGGCUCUGGCUUGGUUGGACCGAACUCCGAUCUCGCCACCUCUGCGUUUCCUGAGUCACUGGCGGAGAGGUGAUGAUUUUUUUUUUUUUUCUGAACUGGGUUUAUGUGCGUCCCCCUCACCCCCUCCUCUCUUUUUUCUUUCUCUGUCUCUGUCGUCUCUCUCGCUGGCUUUUUAAAAAUGAGGAACCGUUCCUUGAACGUUCUGGACAGAGAACAGAAUUGCUUAAGUCAGCCCGACACGGUUGUAAUAGACAGCAAAAAGGUAAACGUUUGCCUGAAAUCCGCACGCCAGCUCCACCACCCCGCCCGAUGGGAUAACCGGUUUCUAAAACAUUGUGGAAUUCAAGGCUCCAUAAUGGAAUCAAGAAGUCAUGAACGGUUCCCUUGGAAGGAAGCUUGGAGGACACUGGUCCAACUUCCCACUGAAGCCAGAGGUCUGGAAAUGGGCAGAUGGUCAGGCAGACACCGAUUCAGCAUUUUCAAGAGUUGUAAAUUCAAGACAGAAAGUUUUGUUCCUUCUAUGGGAACCAAAACCGUGUCCCUGGAGCAUCUUUCUACAGAGUUGGAGUCUGUCCUCAGAAGCAAUACAGUUGAACCACUGCAUCCCUACACCAUAUGGCAGACUUUCAAACCCUUGAAGGUACCCCUGCAGCAAUUACCUACUGGAAGGUGGAGGAGGAGCCAGACUGUGAGCGCAGGGGCCACCGAAAUAAUACACGUUCAUCGCAGAACAUUUGGAAAUUAUGGAAAAGCACAAAGAAGUCAAUACAAAUUGCCUCUAGUCCCACCGCUUGUGUAUAAUCAUUGUCAACGUGUUGAUAUACAUUUUCUCAUCUUUUUCCUCUCCUUUUUUACAUGCAUAUAUUUGUAUGCUGGAAACGUAAGACUGACGCCCUGCUGUCAUCCACUAUUUUGGAAUCUGGUUUUCCCAUCUGACAAAUCCUUAUAUAUAUUUGCUCAUGUUGUUAAAACUAUUAUAAAACAUGAUUUUUAUGCUGGCAUCAUAUUUCCUUAUUUGAAGGUAUCAUAAUUCACUUGACCUCUAGUUAGAUAUUCGUGUAACUUUGUAACUUUUUGCCUUUUGAAAAUGUUUGCAUGGAUCUCUGUUCCUCUGGAAAUUACUGUGAGUGAAAUUCCUGGGUCAAAGGCUUUUUGGGGCUAAAAUUUGCAGAGUUGCCCUCCAAAGUAUUUAUGCCAGUUUAUAUUCCCACCUGCAGUGAAUGAGAAUACAGAAUUCACAAACCAUCAUUAAUUCUUUCCAAACUAAAAUAAGAAACUUAGAACCUACUGUGAUUUGUAUUUCCUUGGUUAUUUGUGAUGCUAACUUCUUCAUGUUUCUUGGCUGUCUUGUUUUGUGUGUAUGUUAUUUGUCUGUUAUUUUAAUUUCUAUUUAUUUAAAGUUGUAGAAGUUCUAUUAAGUUUUUCAAUUGUGUUAGUUCUUUGCAUAUAAAGUUGUAAAAGUUCUUUGCAUAUUAAAUUUGUUAACCCUUUCACUAUUGCCCAUUGCAAGCAUUUCUUCAUUUUGUCACUUGAUUUUUAAUUGUUAAUGGAUUUUUAAUGUAUAUGUUUAUGAAUUUAAAUACAUGACUAUUUUCGUUUAGUCUUUCUUCCUCUACUUUUAUGUUCAGAAAGGCACGUCCCAGGGUUAGAGAAAUAUUAACCUAUAUUUCCUACUAGUGCUUUUGUGGCUCUUUUUAAAAGAUUUAAAUCUGUCUCGUAUUUGGUCUGUGUGGUAAGAAUCUAUUUCCUCACUGAUCUAAAUGUUGUAUGUUAUUGGGCCUAUUUCUGUAUUUUAAAAUUUUAUUCAUUAUCUUUCUGUCUUCAUCACUUUUUUUGCCAAAACCCUCCAUUUUUAUUAUCACAAUUUAAGAAUAUGCUUAUAUUAUAUCCAGUAAUGCAAGUUUUUUUUUUUUUUUCUCAUUACAAUUAGUUUGCUGGGUUAUGCCUCCUUAUUUGUUAUCCCAUAAGAACUCAUCAAGUUCAAAAUGUAAGAGAAGACAAUUGAUACAUUAAUGUGUGAGGAUUUGAGGUCUUUAAUACUGAGUUUUCUCAUUUAGAAGUAAAGCAUGCCUUCUCAUUUAUUUUUUCAUGUGAACUCCUAUUAAAGUUGUAGUUUCUUCAUGUAUUUUUCAAUGUGCAU